AUGGACGAACUUAAAGAUCCAACCAAGGAAGAGUUCCUUGCUCAUGGUAUGGAAGAGAUUCCUGAGGAAGAGUUGCUCGCAUCUAUUAGCGACCCAAACGCACCCGACGGCAGGGACUCAUGUGUCUUCUGUCUUGAGAAGUUCUCUUCCGAAAACAGCACGGAACGACCGGUUCGCAUAAUCUCUUGUUCGCACUGGGUGGGAAGUGAGUGCAUCCAGCUUGUCAGCAGCAACAAGUGCCCUUUUUGCCGUGCACGCCUCUUCGCGAAGGGGCCGGAGCCAGAUGAGGCAAGAGACUUGCCCUCCCUUCAAGGUCUCCCCUCCUUUGGAAAUGUUGAAGAUCUCCUGGCUGAGCUUGCGCUUGAGGACCGGGACGAUGAUGUCGACACGAUCGGAUCCGGCGAAAGCAACGGAGCGUGGACCUUGCGCAUCCAAGUCGCCAACCACUGGCAGUCCGGGUACCUCGACCAGCUGGCUUCGGCGUACCCGCAGGCGCGCACCAGGCACGAGCAGCUGGCCGCACAACGCGCGUGGGAGAUGGAGUGGCACCGCACGCUGACCACGCACGCCGCCAAUCCGGAGAUGGUCACGGCCCCGGGCAUCCUGCCGCCCGGCGCCAACCUCUACCCGCACCCCAGCCCGGCCACUACCAUGAACGACACCCGCCCUUACGCCCUCAUCAAGCCCUUCGAGCUUGUCUUGCCGCGUGAUGUUGCGCCGGUGGUGGACCGUCCGCCCUUGCAGGGCGUCUGGCUAUCAGUCCGCACCGAGGCUGUUGGGAUCAACUUAAGGAUGGCGCUGAUGAGUUUCCAGACACUCGACAUGCUUCUGAUUCCCGAGCCGGCGGGGGUUGAGGCUGCGGGUUCGUUUAACAGCCUUGUGACGCAGCAAAACGAGUGGAACUUGCUAAUCACCCAGGCCAUAGACGCCAUCGAGAGGUGGUGCCGCGAGCACGAGGCGCAGCUGUGGCGGUCCAACGAGCUCGAGGAGCGCUGGGUGGCGACGGCGACGGCGGAGAUCCGCACGCAGACGGCUCAACUCGGCCGCCCCGUGCCUGCCAGCUUGCAGCGUGCGAUGGGCACGUUGAUCGAGUUCGUUGUCCGGUGGAGGGCUGUGAGGGAGAUGGAGGUCUGGGAGACGCUCGUCACCGACCAGGAUCAGGGAGAGUGA